GCAUGGUGGACAUUCCUACGAUCAAGAUGGUUCCGAUGUGGUUGCAGAAGUCCGGGCAGUCGCAGCUGCCGAGGGACGUGCUGUGGCUGCGCUCGCCAGUCGCCUCCGGGAAGCAGGGGUGAAGGUACCGACAGUUGGUGUGGGAUCCACACCGACGUGUUCGAAUCCUCCUGAUGCUCUCCCCGGGGUGAACGAGAUGCAUCCUGGGAAUUACAUCUACUACGACACCCAGCAGCAGGCUCUCGGCUCCUGCUUC